UGUCUAGAAUUUAUUUUCUUAGUAAUAUAAUAUAGUAGAAAAAGAUGGGAGUUUUUUGUUUGUGUUGUGGCCGUCUGUGAUUUCUUUCAAUGGGUUAAAACAAAGUCUUUUCUUUCACACCUUUCAAUCUCAGGAAAUUAAUAAAAAAUAAAACGUGGUGUGUGUGUGAAGAAUUUAGGUUUUGACAACUUCAAAGUCCAACAAGUGUUUGAAAAGAUCUGAUUUGGGGUUGGCGGUGAUAUGGAGGAGGUUGAAGAAGCUAACAAGGCAGCAGUUGAGAUCUGCCAUAGAGUUUUGAGCUUUUUGUCUCAUCCUCAAGAUCAAGCUCAUCACAGAACUUUAAUGGCUGAAACCGGUGAAGCUGUUUUCAGGUUCAAAAGAGUAGUUUCACUUUUAAACGCUGGUUUGGGACAUGCAAGAGUUAGGAAGCAAAGGAAAUUACAAACCCCUUUUCCUCAGAGCAUCCUUUUGGAUAAUCAACACCAUCCAUUCAAGGAUUUGCAGCUCGGUUUCCAUGGAAACUCAGUUCAAGAACUGAGUUUACAUGCCAAGAGUUCUCUCUGUCUGGGGAACUCGUCUUUGGAACUGAGUUCAAAUGCCAAAACCCCUCUUCAACUCGCUCAACGGUCACCGUACGGUCACCAUCAUUUCCUCCACCAACAACGGCAGCAGUUUCAACAAAGCUUACAGCUCCAACAGCAAAUGAAACCUCAAGCUGAAAUGUUGUUUAGGAAGAGUAAUAGUGGGAUCAGCUUGAACUUUGAUAGCUCUAGCUGCACACCUACCAUGUCAUCCACUAGGUCUUUCAUCUCUUCCCUUAGUAUAGAUGGUAGUGUGGCUAAUUUCGACAACGGGAACGCCUUCCGUUUGAUCGGGGCACCUCGAUCACCGGAUCAGGGUUCCCUACACCAGAAGAAGUGUAUCGUCAAGGGUGAAGAUGCGAGUAUCAAAUAUGGGACUAGUGGUAAAUGCCAUUGCUCGAAAAAGAGGAAACAUAGAGUGAAGAGAUCAAUCACGGUGCCUGCUGUCAGUAACAAGCUUGCCGAUAUCCCUCCCGAUGAUUAUUCGUGGAGGAAAUACGGGCAGAAGCCGAUCAAGGGUUCUCCUCACCCUAGGGGAUAUUACAAAUGUAGCAGUAUGAGAGGUUGCCCUGCAAGGAAGCACGUCGAGAGGUGCCUGGAAGAGCCGUCCAUGCUUACCGUUACCUAUGAAGGCGAGCAUAACCACCCAAAGUUACCGUCACAAACGACGGCAUAGUCUCGAUGGAAACUCUGCUGAAGAAUUCAAGUCUUCAAUGUUCAAUCUAUUAUGGUUGGCUCGACUCGGCCGUGUAAAUAUUUCGCAUGGGGCAUAUCGGAGCAGGGUUUUUCAAGCCAUUUUAACAAAUGAGGUAGUCGGCAUUAAGCCGAGUGCCGAACCAAAAGAAAUUGUGGAAUUGGGGGUCUAGAUUGUAAAGAACCGCAAUCAAAGCUUGAAAAGAGAUGAACUUUUUG